AUGUUCCAUGGGCAGAUCCCUGGCGUUGGCGCCGAGCGACAACUGAGCCAUGACGCGCAACAAUCCAGCUUCGUAGGGGCAAAUCUGUCUCCCUUCAACAUGACGUCCCCACCUGGCCUGUCUUUGACGAUGCAGCACGCGGCGAGCAACACUGCUGCCCACAGCCUCAACAUGAUUCCAGGCCUCGCCUUUGGGUCGCCCCCGAACUCCAGACCCUCUGCUCAAUUCGCAACUCAUUCCAUACCCACGGCGCCAUCGAGCUUUCAGCGGGCACAGUCGAGUCAAACUACCCCCUCAAAACCGGUCGCCUUCAUAAGCACAGAUUCAAAAUCAGGUCCUGCUCAAAUACCGAGUGCAGCCACUGGGGAUCCUGGGGAGUUGAGUGAAGGUGAAUUCGAAGAAGAGUUUGAGGACCUGUACGAACCGCGAGACGGAAACCUGAUGGCGUCGACAACAUCGAGAGCGCCUCAGACAUUCCCGUUCCAGAGACCUGAAAGCACAGGAGAUGCGGACGAUUCCUCGAUAUAUGACAAUAACACGCCACGGUUGGACACGAAUGGCCAUGGUACAAGACUAGAUUCGCCCUCGGAUGAAGACUGGGAGCCUAUGCUCACAGAAGCCGAACGCCCCAGCCAAGCAUCACGAGCGACUUCCAGCGAGGGCAUCAAAGGCCUCCCUGAUAGUGCCACGAAAAACAACCGCCCACAGAAUAUAGCAGACGCGAAGAAAAAGGCUCAAGAGGCAAUCUUGGCCCUUUGGCCUCUCAAAGUUCGAUACCAGAAUUACAUUGAAGAGGGGUUCGACGAAGAAGUUGUAAAAACCCUCUUCAAAGAGCUCGGGCUUGAUACAAACAGCACCAAGCACAACCAAGGUACUGUUCGUCAUGCCGGCCCUGGGCAAGCAUCUGCGAAGGCUACGAAUAUAGCCACCGUUAGUGCUGUGCAGGACGGGAUCAGUGGAAGCGCAAAUAAAUCGAGCCGUCCCAGUUCGCCUCAUGACCAAGCGUCCGCCGGGGCCUCUCUAGGGAGUGACAGCAAACGUGUCGCAAAAUCGGCGGCGGAGGAGCGCAAGGACAAGAUUGCAAGGAAACUAGCAGCCAAGUCGCAAAAGCCGCCUAUCCCCGCAAUUGCACCUGAGCCAGUACCAUCAAAGCCUCCGACGCCGUCUGCGAAGCCGAAGACACGGGCAGAGACUAAUGCUCUCCUCCACCAAAAACUCGCGGCACUGAAGAAGUCACAAGAGAAGGCUGCUGCAGAGAGACUGGCCGCUCAAAGCACAAGCACCCCACGAGCUGACGAGAUUCCAUCCACAAACCCUACCGCUCUAUCUAAGAGCAACCAGGGAUUCGCAUCGACCUCAUCGGGAGUUAUCGACGUUACAGCUAGCUAUCCGAGCACGUCAUCAGCAACACAGUCAGACCAGAACCCAACUUCUGCGAAUGGUGCAAUCAGCCUGCCGGCUUCGAACGAGCAUCCACGAGUGCAGAAACGCCCUGUUGCCGCCGAUUUCGACAACGUCACGGCCUACCCGCCUGUCACCUUGAAACGAACACGUACACAAGACACUCUGAUAAUCGAUGUUAGUGACGAUGAAGACGUGGAGAUGGAAAUCGGCUCGCCCAUAGACGACACAAAAUCCGUCACGGACGACAACGAGCAAACUGGUCAGCUCGCUCCGCACCGUGCAACGAAUGGUACACCAACGAGACCUGAGGAAGCACAUGGAGCCUCCACAGCCCCUGCUCCUGAAGGUAACGGCAAAUUGCACCUGUUGCGGGGUAAAAUCGAAGAAAUGCGGCGAAAGAUCGCAGAGGCGGAAGCCAAGAAGACUGGCAGAACACCGGUCAACACGGGCUCGCCACGGUCAGGUUCGCCGAUGUCGCGGGACGACUCGACUCCUGCGGGCUCUCGCAAGCUGCCGAAGCUCGCGGAGCUUAGGAAUAAUGCCAGUGCAGACGACCAGAUCCGAAGCGGGAGAGUUGUCUCCGUCGAGCUGUUACUAGUCGAAUCGGACCUGAAGGCCAAACAGGACAAGCUCAAAGCCAUAGUCGCUGAAGCAGCGAAGCUCGAGCUCGAGAUCCAAGAAACUCUGGCCCAGAAAAACAAGCUUGCGUCCGAAAUGGACAGCCUUGUCUCAGACUCUGGGAGUGCACAGCCGACAGGCACUUAUGGUCAGUCAGCUCUCCUGGACCUGGAGCAAGCAGGUUCGUCAUCGCCUUUCAGGGUCGAUGUGGAUCGGCCUGUAAUCUUGCAGCCCGCUACAGAUACGCCUAGAGAGCGACCUCAUAUUGCAGUUUCUGAUGACCAGCCAGACGCUUCGCAGGAAGUCGGUCAGAUCGUCGAGCAUCAGAAUUCUAAGAAACAUGAGGCUCCCCGAGAAGGCGACAAGCGUGCACUUCAGGACAGUGGGAUAUCCGCGCCAAAUGACGGAGUACCCACCGACGAGAACCCUUCGCCUGCGGAAAUGUCCUCUGAAGUCGAAGACGGUGACAGCGAUGAGGAUGAUGACGUCUCCAUGCUUUCAGACGACGACGACGACGACGACGACGACGAUAAUCGGCCAGAGAAUGCUGCUCCGAGGUCUGCGUCCGAUCCUGACGAAAACUCAGCUAUGACUGAAUCCGUGUUGGACGGGAGGUCACUUGCCGAUGCUGGAGGUGAUGUUUCCGAAGAGCAGCCUGGGUCGCCCCCCGCCGAAGCAGAUGAUAGCGACGAGAUUAUGGCUACUCGAUCACCGUCGCUGCAGUACGGCGAGACUGCCGUGGCUUCCACACAACAAAUCCCCGAUACAGAAGCUGGUUCCGAAGCUGCACUGGUACAAGAUCUGCCUCAAGACAACAUGCAUGAUCGAAGCGGCCCACGACCCGAGGAGAUCGCAUCGUACCACAGCCCCCUGGAAUAUUUCCGGGCUUAUAGAUUCCACCCUCGAUUCUUCGAAGAGGUAACAGGAGGAUUGAAAUCACUGACGUACAGUUCCAAGAUCGACGUUGAGCAGAUGCUUUGUCCGUCCGAAUCGGUCGGUGAAGAAUGCCUUGACUCCACAUGCGAAUAUCAGCAUUUCAACAAGAUGGUGCUUUCAGACGGCGACAUCAUCACCCAACUCGGGUCUGCGGACAUGUUUAGCGGAGACACGAAGACUCGAUUCAUUGCCGGUCUUAGGAAGAUCCUGCAAGAGUUGAAGAUCAACAAGGUUAAAGAUUUCGACCGCAUCACAAAAGCCAUUGUGCAAUACCGAGCAGAUUUUCUGGCCGACAAGUCCAAAGUAUUACCUCUCGAUGGUGUCAACAUCUAA